GAAAAAGAGAAGCGCCGGGAGUUUGCAACGCAAGUCAGCAGGGAUGUUGCUGUGUGGAUGGUCCUUGCAUUUGCAACGUCGGGCACAGAGUUUGCCCAGUACGUCAUCUAUGCUGGUGCGGGAUCCGUUGCCUUUGCAGUAUGCUACCAAAUUUACUGCGCAUUGCAGAAAAGCGGGUCUUGA